AAUUUUAUUAUUAUUUGUUUGUCUCGUUUGUUCGCUUGUUUAUUUGCAAGUUGGCUGCAUGUGGCGCGCGCGUUCUGCUCUUAACAUUUUGUUUGCUCAGCGAAAAGUGGCAGCCGCUGUCGCUGUCGCUGCCGCUGCUGCUGCUGCUGCUGCAGUCGCCGUUAACAAGCGUCGGCUCACAGUUUCAACGUCUCAACUAACCAAGUCUCAGUUGAAAAUCUGUCGCGACAGCAAACGCGCGUGCGGCUUAAGCUUUUAAUGCUAAUUUUUAUUGACUGCAACUUCUGACUGCGACUGUGACUGUGCCUCUGUCUGUGUGUGUGUGCAACGUAGCUACUGUUUGUGUGCUUGUGUACGCGCGCAUGCGCAACUGCUGGCAGCAAAAGGCGCUUAAAUUUUGUCACGUUUGCCUUUUCAAUCAUUGAGAACUCUUUUAGUGCUACAAUUAUUGCCAGUUGAACGCGCCUAGUUGCAUUUGCAAGUCUUAGCCAUGGCUGUUAAGGGCGCCCCAUUGGUGCUGUCACUCCUCCUGCUGGUCCUGCUGGGCCUAGCCGAUGCCUUCGAUCACACAUUGAAACUGGACUUUCCGGGUCCCUAUUGCGCGCGACAGAACACCUGCUGCAAAGAUCGGCGCGACGGCUGCUCACUGCCCAUAUCCACCACACUGUGCUACUGUGAUGAGUUCUGUGAUCGCGAUGACUCCGGCGAUUGCUGUCCGGACUAUCGCUCCUUCUGCUUCAAUGAACCGGACCCGGUGCUCAGCUGCCUGCACAACGGCGUCUACUUCCACAAGUACAACAACACGUGGGACAAUUGCAACGAGUGCCGUUGCCUGGACGGCGGUCGGGUGCAGUGCGACACGGAUCUGUGCCUUACGGAUGACGAGCUUGUCCACAGUGUCAACUCAAUCCAUCAGCUGGGCUGGUCAGCGCGUAAAUAUGACGAAUGGUGGAGCCACAAGUACAGCGAGGGUCUGCGCCUGCGUCUAGGUACCAAGGAGCCCACCUAUCGCGUGAAGGCGAUGACACGCCUGACCAAUCCGUCCAUUGAUCUGCCACGCAAAUUCAAUUCCGUUGAGAAGUGGUCCAGCUUCAUUUCAGAGGUGCCAGAUCAGGGCUGGUGCGGCUCCUCCUGGGUGCUGUCCACCACAUCGGUGGCCUCCGAUCGCUUUGCCAUACAAAGCCAGGGCAAGGAGGUGGUCCAGCUGUCGCCGCAGAAUAUACUCUCCUGCACACGUCGCCAGCAGGGCUGCGAGGGCGGCCAUCUCGAUGCCGCCUGGCGCUAUCUUCACAAGAAGGGCGUUGUCGACGAGACAUGCUAUCCCUACACACAGCGUAAGGACAACUGCAAGAUACGCCACAACAGCCGUUCUCUGAAGGCUAACGGAUGCCGGCCAGCGUAUGGCGUCAAUCGCGACAGCUUCUACACAGUGGGCCCGGCGUACAGUCUGAGCCGUGAGGCAGACAUCAUGGCUGAGAUCUAUCAUUCGGGACCCGUGCAGGCCACCAUGCGCGUCUACAGAGAUUUCUUCUCCUACUCGGGCGGCGUCUACCGCCACACGGCUGCCAAUCGCGGUGCACCGACCGGCUUCCACUCGGUCAAAAUUGUCGGCUGGGGUGAGGAGCACGAUGGCGUCAAGUACUGGAUUGCGGCCAAUUCGUGGGGUCCUUGGUGGGGCGAGCAUGGUUACUUCCGCAUAUUGCGCGGCUCCAAUGAGUGCGGCAUCGAGGAAUAUGUGCUGGCCUCGUGGCCCAAUGUGUACAACUACUACAACGCGAAGGCGGUGUAAAUGGAGCCGAGCCGAGUUGAAAAGUUCUCGAAAUCUAGAGCUAAAACGCAGUGACGAACAAUUUAUCUCAUGUUUCAAAAUUUUCCAUUUGCUACAACACUGAAAGUGAAUUAGGCGCUUCUCUAAUUGUAAAUUUAUGCUAGAACUUAGGUACUAAAAUGAUUAGCUUUAAGUCGUGCUGAGACGACGCCACUUUGAUAACUGCCCCUCCCGCCCAGCUCCAGAUCCGGCACCCAACGAAAUAACUCUUGAAUUUUACGUAGCUAACACAUAGCAACUAAUUUAUGGAACUCGACUAUGUAACAGAAAAACUGCCACAUUAACUUGACCACCGUCCUGCCCCGCCCCAUGCCCUGACACCUAAUACUGCCACAACAAAUAGCAAGCGAAGUCUGCUAGAAAGGCAUUCGCUUGGCCCAUUAAUCAGGUUCUCUUUUUUAGCAAGUGAUCAAGGCAUUAUAUGAGAUACGCAAGGAAAGAUUUCUUGAAGGAAUGAGUAGGAACGAGUCGGGUUUGUUUAUGUCGAAACACUUUUUGCAUACUUAUCCACUCAUGUAUUGUAAAUGAAAGCUAAGUUAACUGAUAUAUAGACCGAUCGCACUUGUUCGGCAUUAAAUUGUAUAUGUAUGUUUGUAAUAAAGGAAUUGUAUUUCAUGUUUACGCUAUGUUUCCUUAUCCCCAUUAUUCAUGCAAAUAACAU